CAAGAAUAAAACCAGCAGAGAAAACCUCCAGGCGGGAGGAAAAACUCCACAGACCUGCAAAAAAAUCCUAGCAGAGCUCCGUCUCAAAAUUUUCUCGGGCGCUGCUUUCUCUCAAAACACAAUCCGAAUGGCCUUGUUAUGAUUUUAUCCAGUUCCGAGGUUAUAUAUGUGUUAGGGAUCCCGUUGCCGCCUGCUGUCCGCUGCAGAGUCGACUAACUCGAGGGUCACCUCCAUGUCUCGCCUCCGGACGCUGCCAGAAUCUUCGUCUUCGAUUUCCAGCACGGCCGUCGGCGGAGAUGAAGCAGCAGGAGGAAAUGGAUUAGUAAAUGCUCUGAAGGAGAAGCGUUGCCAGUUCUGGCUUCCAAACAAGAGCCGCCACUGCGCCAACUCUCCUCUACCUUUAUCCAUGUUUUGCGGCAACCAUGAUUCCUCCGCCAGUGAUCGCCGCCUCCCUUGCCCACUCGAUCCGUCGCACUCGGUAUUUAAAGAAAACCUCGAGUCCCACCUCAAGAGGUGUCCGUCGAGGAAGCAGGUUAUUGCCUUAGAAGCCCAUGCUUACUACUCAAAAGGAAUCAACAGCGGCUUUAUUGAUUUUGCAGAUGAUGACAUCAGCUCCGAGGCCAAGAGGAGGGCCAUCUAUGGGCUUAAUAUUCUUGAUUUCCUUGCUUUAGUUAAAAAAAUUGAGUCUUUACACGCUGCCGUAGUUGGAUAUUUGGAGGAUUCUUACCUAAUGCCGGAAGCCUGUGAGAAAUGGCUGAGGCGGCAAAUAGACAGCAAAAUUCCAUAUCAGGAGAGACAUGUGUUGCAGCAGGCUUCAAUUCUUGGCAAUAUGGAGAAGUUCGGGAUAUUGCAUAGGCCAAAAAACGAAAUUAUAGGCUCUGUGCUUGAGGAAGGUGAAGGAAAUAAUUUUGUUCAGAAGAAAGGGGAACUACCAGCGGUGGUUGAGUUUGGAGCAGGGAGAGGUUAUUUGACUCAUAUGCUUGCAGAUUCUUAUGGGAUCCAGAGAAUUUUUCUUGUCGAACGCAGGUCUUACAAGCUCAAGGCUGAUCGAAGUCUACGGAAAAAUGAGAGUAUACAGUUAGAGCGUCUGAGAAUUGACAUUGAAGAUUUGAACUUGCAUGCAGUAGAAUCUUUAAAUGGUCAAUCAUACCUAGCAGUUGGAAAACAUCUAUGCGGUAAUGCAACAGAUUUGACUAUAAAUUGCUGUCACCCUCAGAAAACCGAUAGAAGCAAGAAAGCUUUUUCAAGUAGUUGCCAUCUUCAAGGCAUUGCUCUGGCUACCUGCUGCCACCAUAUUUGCCAGUGGAAGCAUUAUUCGAAUAGAAGGCUUUUUCUAGAUCAUGGCAUAACCAAGCAGGAUUUCUAUGCCAUUACAUGGUUCAGCAGCUGGGCUGUAGAUGCGGAUCACAGUUCUAAUAUCUCAAAUCAGUCAGACAGAAGCAUGGAUAUAAAUGCCAGGGAAGUGAAUGAAGUUCAAAAACUCUUUGGUCCAGUUGAAUAUUUCAUGGGUGACAGAAGCGUUGAAGAAACUAUAAGAAACAUGAAAGCUGUGGACAGAGCUGCUUUUGGUUUCAAGUGCAAAGAUAUUAUUGAUAUGGGGAGGGUCCUCUGGCUUAGAGAACAAGGAUUAGAUGCAGUGCUUGUGAAGUAUGUGCCUCACAGAAUUUCUCCCGAGAAUCAUUUGUUGUUAGCAAAAUCUCGUUAGUUUUUGAAGUACAAAAUGAAACAUUUGUUCUGACCAUCUAUGUUCUUGGUCUUCCGGUUCAAAGGAAUAAUUUUUCUUUGAAAUAGAAUUUUUAUAAUUUUUAAUUAUAUGGUUGAAUGUUUAUAUGAUGAGUUGAUGUACACAUGCCUUGUAAUCUUUUGUGUUGUGUUGUUCUAAUAAUUUGUUUUAUCACA